AGUUCAAAGCUUAGCAGUCAUGUUUGUAAAAGUUGCAGCUUCACUCUUGGCAGUCUUCUUGGCCGUGACGAGCGCUAGGCAUAUUGGAGCCACAGCAGAUGCAGACAUAAACUGUCCAGAAGUCCAGAAAAUCCUGCAGUUUGCAGUCGCCCAGUAUAAUGCACAUAGCGACAGCAUAUACACCAGUCAAGUUGUUAAGGUGAUCAAACUCCAGGUGCAGGCUGUUAUUGGUGUGAAGUACAUCUUCACUGUUGUGAUGGUCAAAACUUACCCUAAAAAACCAACAGCUGGAUACACAUGUACCAUCCGUCCGAAGCCAAAUUUUGCAAAGCCCUAUGAAUGCAUACUUAUAGUGUGGAAGCAGCCUUGGUCGCACACGAUGAAGCUGAUGUUCAGUACCUGCUAAGAGAAAUCACAUACUCUCCUGCCACCAGGAGUCUUUCAAGAGAUACACUUAAAAAUGUGUCUUAUUGUUCAGGCUAUUAAAAGGUUAUGCUAUU